AUGUCUUCUUCACGCGAACAGUUGCUGGAUUCGGACAGCGCGAUCGAGUCCCAGAUCACUUACGGUGCCGCCAAGUCCGACAAUGAGGAGACCGUCCUGCCUGUUUCUCUAGCUCUGCCCCCAAAUUUCUUCUGGAUCGAGUGCUCUCUGCUUGCAAACGUCUUCCUUGCAGGUUUCGACGGGACCGUGACGGCGUCCACAUACACCACCAUCGGCAACCAGUUCAAAGCGGCCAACAUCGCGUCGUGGAUCACGUCGUCGUACCUCAUCACCAGCACCGCUUUCCAGCCAUUGUAUGGGUCUUUUUCUGACGUUCUUGGCCGGCGAGUGUGUGUGAUUGGGGCCACAAGUUUCUUCAUUCUGGGCUGUCUUGGAUGCGGCGUCUCGUCCAAUAUCUUUGUUCUGGACGCCAUGCGUGCUGUCACUGGCAUAGGUGGGGGAGGACUCAUCACGUUGGCCACCAUCGUCAACUCAGACCUCGUGGCUCCAGAAAAACGAGGGAGCUGGCAGGCCUUCCAGAACCUUCUGCUGGGCUUUGGAAGCAUCUGCGGCGCGUCGCUGGGCGGCGUCAUAGCAGACACGCUCGGCUGGAGAUGGUGUUUUCUCGCCCAGGUACCCAUUGCUCUGGCUGGCCUUGUGAUUGGCUACUUCUACAUUCACAACCCCAAACCGCCCCAUGUGCACGUCUCGGUCCACAUGUUUGACAAAAUUGACAUCAAGGGCGCCACGGCGCUUGUACUGUCGCUGGCGUUCCAGAUGAUUGUGCUUUCGCUCGGCGGAAACGAGCUUAAUUGGUCUGAUUACAGGCUGCUACUUAUGCUUCUUUUGAGCAUAGGACUGCUCUUCCAUUUUGCUCUGGUUGAGCUGAGGACUUCCGCGAUACCCAUCAUUCCUCCGGUGCUGCUUCGCUCCUCGUUCAGCUACAUCAUUCUGGGAAUCGGCGUGUUUCUGGGCAUCUCCAGCUACGCCUAUUUAUUCGUCCUCCCGCUGCUCUUCCAGAUAGUCCUGGGCGACUCGGCGUCCCAGGCGGGCCUGCGACUCACAAUCCCGGCGCUGUUUACUCCCGUCGGCGGCCUUAUUGCAGGCGUCCUGAUGAGCCGCAAAAAAUAUAGUCUUUUUUCUCUCGUCGUUGCAGGCUGCACACUGAUGCUGUUUGGAAAUCUUAUCACAUUAUACAUUCACAAGGGCGUCAACCAGUGGGUGACGGGUCUCUGCCUGAUUCCGGCAAACGUGGGGCAGGGGUUGGCUUUCCCCACGUCGCUCUUUUCGUUCAUCUACAAUUUCGACAGGGACAAACAGGCAAUAGCCACGUCCACCGCGUAUCUGUUCCGCAGCAUGGGCUCGGUGUGGGGUGUCACCGGGUCUGCCGCCAUCAUCAAGCGCGUUUUUGCACGCAGGUGUCUGUCGAGCCUCCAUCGGCUGCCGGGGCUUUCCCAACACCAGAUUCAUACGAUUGUUAGAACGGUGUCCAAAGACGUCUCGCAGAUCCAGCAUCUGGAGCCACAAAUCCGCAGCGUUGUCCAGGGCAGUUACGAGCAUGCCAUCCGGUUCGCGCAAUUUCUCUCCUGUAUGUGCUGUCUGGCUUGUCUGGUGCUGGCGGGCGUGAAAAAGGUUGCCCGCAUACGCUCACGGUCGUCGUAUGACGAAUAG